AUGGAUGAAGAAGCCACCAAGCGUUACUUUCGGGAGAGCGACGACGGACUGAAGCAGAACCAAAAUGAGGGACUCCUCAACCUGCUCAUCACUAAAGUGUGUCUGUUCUCUCUGCUGUUCGGCGUUGUCUGGGCGAUCACAGGAAGUGAGUGUUUACCUGGAGGAAACCUGUUUGGCAUCGUGGUCCUCUUCAUCUGCUCCGUGCUGGGAGGGAAGCUGGUCGGAAUGAUCCAACUGCCCACGCUGCCCCCCUUCCCUCCUCUACUUGGAAUGCUGCUGGCGGGUCUGCUGCUGCGUAACGUUCCCUACGUAACGGAUGCAGUCUAUAUCGACACCCAUUGGUCCGCAGCUCUGAGGAACAUCGCGCUGUCAAUCAUCCUGACCAGAGCCGGGCUCGGCCUCGACCCCGCGGCGUUGCGUCGUCUGAAGGCGGUGUGUGUGCGUCUGGCUGUUGGUCCCUGUGUGCUGGAGGCCUCUGUCGUCGCCGUGGUUUCUCACUUCCUGUUGGGUCUGCCCUGGGUAUGGAGCUUCAUCCUGGGUUUUGUCCUGGCUGCAGUGUCUCCAGCCGUCGUGGUUCCCUCCAUGUUGCUGCUGCAGAGAGAAGGAUUCGGAGUGGAGAAGGGGAUCCCCACCCUGCUGAUGGCUGCUGGGAGUUUUGAUGAUAUUCUGGCCAUAACGGGGUUCUCUACUUGCCUUGGAAUUGCCUUCUCUACAGGCUCUACGUGGAUGAACAUCCUGAAGGGUCUGCUGGAGGUGGUGGGGGGGGUGGUGGCCGGACUGAUCCUGGGUCUGUUCCUGUGCUGCGUCCCCGGCAACGACCAGGAGGACCUGGUGUUGAAGAGGACUCUCAUGCUGUUGGGUCUGUCCAUAUUCUCGGUGUUCUUCAGUCAUGUUAUUGGUUUUGCCGGAGCCGGUGGUCUCUCUACGCUGGUGCUCGCCUUCCUGGCUGCUCUGGGCUGGAAGACCGACAAGGCUCCGGUGGCAGCCAUGGUGGGCCGGUCCUGGGACGUCUUCCAGCCGCUCCUCUUCGGUCUGAUCGGCGCAGAGAUCACCAUAAAGACCCUCAGCCCCAGCACCGUGGGUCUGGGUCUGGCCUGUAUCAGCAUCGGUCUGGUGAUCCGCCUGCUCGUCACCUUCCUGCUGGUUCACUUCGGAGGAUUCAACCUGAAGGAGAAACUCUUCAUCUCUGUGGCCUGGCUGCCCAAAGCCACUGUACAGGCUGCGAUCGGCUCCAAGGCGUUGGACUUGGCGAGGGAGGAGGGGGACGAGACUUUGAUUAAGUUUGGUUUGGACGUGCUUACGUUAGCCGUGUUAGCCAUCCUGACCACAGCUCCCAUCGGAGCGCUCGGUAUCGGACUGGCAGGACCGCGCCUACUGGCCCGGCAGGUCGAAGAUGACGCAGAAGGCGGAGCCACGACUUCAAGCACCAAUGGGAUUGGUCGAGGAAAAAACAGCGUGACCCUGGAGAGCAAACUAUGAGGCAUCUGAUCGGACAAA